UCCGGCGCGCGGCUGUGACGUCACGAGAGCGCCGCCGCGUUCUCUCUCUGCGGGGCCUGAGAGCCGGAAGCGGCUGUCUGUCUGUUGGCCGGUCGUCCUCGGCGAUGGGGAACAAGAACAAGCUGCCGGACAGAUGGACUGAUUAUUUGCCUCUUGGGAGAAGGAUCCCUGGAACGCGCUUCAUUGCUUUUAAGGUCCCUCUUCAGAAGAGCUUUGAAUAUAGGCUUGCCCCAAAUGAGCGCUUUUCACCAGAAGACCUUCUCAAUCAAGUCAGAGAGCAGAGGGAAGAGCUGGGUUUGAUCAUUGAUUUGACAUACACGACCCGCUAUUAUGCGCCGGAGAAACUACCAGACACACUGAAGUACUGUAAGAUUUUAACCGUCGGCCACGAAGUCCCAGAUAAUGAAACAAUCCAUCAAUUCAAAAGCGUCGUGAAAAAGUUUCUGAUGGAGAACCAGCACAACGACAAGCUCAUUGGAGUUCACUGUACGCACGGCUUGAAUCGAACCGGUUACCUUGUUUGCAGGUACCUGAUUGAUGUCGAAGGAAUGGAUCCAAACAAGGCAAUAGAAUUGUUCAAUAGCAACCGAGGGCAUUCUAUAGAGAGGAAGAACUAUAUUGAAGAUCUGAGGAGAGGACCUAAGAGAAGGCAUGUCAGCAUGGCACCUCCUCCAUGCAGUUGGAUUAAGGAGCGCUCUGGUCCUACUCCGCAUCCAGAUUUUGAAAUUAUUGACUGUGGUCCACAGUUCCCGCAACCAUUCCCAUGGCAGGCACAAAGGCACUUUGCUCCAAAGAGAGGAAGGGGUGGACAAAGCCCACCCAGACCACCCCAUCAUUGGCAGAGUUUCACCACUCAUUACCAAGCUCCUCCUGUUCCCAGUCCUCAGUUCCCUGCGGCAGCCAGCUUCAUCCAGCAAAGGCCAAGCCCCAGUUUCAUACCCGACUAUGGGCUGCAGUACUCGCCUUACCAGCAACCGUCGCAAGGAUGCGGAGGCUUUGGUUUUCCAAGGCAGAAUUCCUAUGGUCCCCUGCAGCAGGGAAGACAUAGAAAACGCAGGAGAAAGCGCUGAAACUGCUACUGAUGGAAGCAUAACAGGAAGGAGGGCAUGAUCUCAUAGGAAGGGAAUAGAAGCUCCUCCCUGGUUGGUUAAUUUAUUCCGCAUUUGAGAAUUUGCUGGCUGGGUUUGUGCCACUUCUGUGUUUCCGAAAGACAUCUGGGACUUCCAGUCGCUGCAGCCGGUGGCUGUGUAUAAUUCUGCUGCUUUCUUUCAACAGAAGCAUGUUUUUAGUGCCUAAUCACAAAUGGACAAUAGCCAUUUUACACAGAAGGAUUCACAGGUGAUAGGAAGCCCUGACUAGCUGGUGUUCUCUUGAAAUUAAUUUCAUUCAGAGGUCAUACGUCGGAGAGGCAAGCCUCCCUCCUACAGAAGCUGCUGCCACAAAUGUUGUUUACAUAGCACCCCCCAAAUGUGUGUUACGUAAAAGAUAUGCCUUCCCCACCUCCUAUUAAAUGUGGUGCAACAAUA